AUGUCGACUUGCUGUGGGACGUGCGACCAUCGACAACAUGCAGUCCACGACUCCUCAAGCACAAGGCCGCCACUUGAAGUUGUCCUCGUCGUCUUAAAGUUCAAGGCCCCAAUCGUUCCCACCAUCGCGGCACCAUAUGCGGCCCUCAAUAUACUGUUGAACAGUAUCACCGAUGCACCGGAGACCACAUCACAUCCGACAACCUUUACCACAUGGUCGCCAUGCCUGUCUAGCCCGAGUACAGUCGCAAUCUUCACUACGGCAAGUGAGACUUGCAGGGACAGCACAUCAGUAGUAUUUGCGACCGUACUCAAGCACUUGUCGGCACCUCCGAGCGUCCACCAUGUAUAUCUGGACUAUUCCAUCGUCUCACUUGCUGCGUCAUCACCCGAUGAGAGGAUACCGUGCGAUGUAGUUGUGCUGCAAGCACCGAAUCCUGGCGUGGCAAGUGCGAUUGGAAAGCAUUUUGGUUGGGAUCCGAAACGGUCUUCAUUGUCAGCCCAAUUGGGUGCCUUUGGACCGGCCGCGUUCAGCAAACCAGGAGACCUUAUCCAUGACUUCUGGGCUUGGGCUGAGCUCCACCCAGGCGCUCCGACCUCUCCUUCUAGUUCGAUCGGAAGCGGAUACGAGAGUUUCGAUAGCAGACCAACUCUUGUGAGCAUCAACUCCGACGAAAAGAAUAUGUCACUAUUCUAUGCCGAGGACGAGGAACGACGGAACAUGGAAGACGAGACACUCGUGAUGAUCUUCCAAUGGAACAAUCACACCGAUGCUGAUAGAUUCAAGCAUCCUUUACAGAGGAGCUACGGCCACAACGGGCAGGAAGUCAGCAAUGAUCUAUGGGACAGACAUGUCGCACAUCCUUUACGGCAGGCGACAAGCAUAGGUGCGAAAGCCGACAUGUAUAAGCUCGAGCUACGAGGUGUGGAGCCGAGGAUGGGUAAGGCCGCGGCUCGGGAGCGUAGCGGGAGUAGGAGGUUCAGCACCAUGGCGUCGGGCUUUGGCGAAAAGGUCAGCGGAUUGUGGGGUCGAUAA